UGUUCGGUGGCGGGCGCGUCGCGACGCAACCCCGAGAAGUAAACUUGUUUCGAUUUUCUGGUGCUCCUGAGUAUGAUAGUAACCACUACGUUUCCCACUCGUGACUAUUGGUGAUCUGGAUCAUUGAAUACCAGAGUAAGAAAAAAGUUGAUUCGGUGAGGUUUAAGAAAAAUCGCCAACUAGGAAGGAAGGAAGGAAGCAAGAGGGUGGGGGCCAGAAGAUCCUGUUUUCAUAUCAUCUAAAAUUCUACGGUACGCGAGUGAACCGGGGCCUCAUGGCAAUUUUUCAAAGUGUUUCAUAUUGGAUCGAACUUCAAAGAUAAAGAAUAUUGGUGAGAAAUAUUUAUUAAUAUGGGAAUUUUAAUUGAUUGGUGCCAAGUGAUCAUUGAAGGGGAGUAGCAAUCAUGAAGGAAUAUGAUCCCUGUCGCGUGAAAAACUGGUAACUACGAGCAACAGUGUCGAGCAAAAGUUGUGGAGAGGGCAAAAAUAUGACAUAAAAUGCUCAAGUGGGAAUGAAGAAAAACAAAUAUUGUUGCCGGAGCACUAUCACGCAAGGUGUAAUUGAAGUCGGUAUUUAUAGGGGAACAUAGUAAUAGGACUUAAUAAAACGCAAGACCCUGUGACCCAUAUACCAUUAUAUACAAAUCGACUCUGUUCGAUGAAGUGAGGUGGUUCACUAGACUCUCCUACAUUCGCCAUUGGAUGCGGUUAUGCGAAUUUGUAACAGCCUGAUGCGUGACUAGCUGCUGGCAUCAUGGUCCUAAGCACUGAGUGGUCCCAGGUGGAGAUAAUCGAUCUCGUCAACGAUGGCAACGGGCUCGGAUUUAUGCUCGUUGGAGGCCGCAGCACAGGUGUGGUCAUUAAGGCAUUGAUUCCCGGAUCGGUGGCCGAACGUGAUGGCCGCUUGCAGAGCGGCGACCACGUGCUCCAAAUUGGCGAUGUUAACCUACGGGGUUUUAGCUCGGAGCAGGUGGCAACGGUGUUACGACAAUCUGGCCAUCAGGUACGGUUGAUAGUGGCCCGGCCGGUGGAACCUACCUCUCCAGAUUAUCAAGCCUUAGCCAGCCAUGCACCGAUCAUUCCUACCAAAAUGCUUACCGAUCCGGAGGAACUCGACCGGACCCUGCUGCAGACGGCCGGAUACACAUCCGGGUCAUUCCUGCAAUCACCCGUCGAGGAAGCCGAUGAGCUCUGUCCGACUCACAUUGAAGUGGUCGCUGUGAACAAUACAAUAAAUAUAGAUAAUAAUAGUCUAGCUUUAAUCUCCCCUUCGUCGAUUUCGAUUCCACAAGUGCUUAGUCAACCAUUGCUGGAAGCAAUUCUACCACCGCCACUGCCACCACCGGAUCCGCAUGAUUACAUGGAUCUUCCGGAGACGCCCGAAACGGAAGCCUACGAUGUGGAGUUACGAAAAAACGUUUAUGGGCUGGGUAUUACCGUGGCCGGUUAUGUGUGCGAAGAAGAAGAUUUGUCAGGAAUUUUCGUGAAAAGUAUCAUCGAGGGUAGCGCCGCCGAAAUGAGUGGGCAGAUUCAGAUCAACGACCGUAUUGUUGCCGUAGAUGGGAAGUCGCUUAGCGGGGUUACGAACCACCAAGCCGUGGAAAUGUUGCGCAAUACGGAUAUUGCAGUCAAGUUGUCUCUAGAGAGAUUCCUGCGAGGACGAAAAUAUGAACACUUGCAGGUGGCUCUAAUCGAUACUAACGUGGUGAAUGCUACGGCUGCCAGCAAUUCUCAGCUAUCGCAGUGUCAUCAAAGGUGUUCCAUGAUACAGUCUCCGUCGGUAACAACGCUGUCGAUCUGUGCGGCAAAGUCCGACGCAGAUUCCAUGGUCACGGAAUGCGGAGAGUGUGGUAUCGAUGCCGAAAUGGAGUCGGCCACUACAUUCGAUUCGAAUGUAUUUCUGCUGGAGAAUGGGGACUGUAGUGAAAAUGGUCUGUAUGAAAAUGGUGCAGUGGUUGCGACGAUGGCAUCGUCUGCAGGGGCAACACCCAUGAGGGAAAAUAUGGAGUUGGUGUUUGAUUCACAAGGGGAAGAAGUGCGAAGUGCAUCGCAGUUGGUAACUCCGAUAGUGGAAAUAGAUCCGGUGAUUGAAUUGUGGAAGCGACAGAUGGGGAACAGUCAAGUUAUAUUUGCGGAUAUUCAGAAGUUAUCUGGUUUGGGAAUAAGUCUGGAAGGUACAGUGGAGGUAGAAGGUGGAGUGGAGGUUCGCCCUCAUCAUUAUAUUCGAUCGAUUCUGGAAGAUGGCCCGGUCGGUCGGAAUGGGACGUUGAAACCUGGCGAUGAGUUGCUGCAAGUAAACGAACAUCGCUUGCAGGGGUUAAAACAUAUCGAAGUGGUUAAGAUUCUCAAAGAACUGCCCUCAAAAGUGCGAGUGAUCUGUGCGCGUGGAUCAUCUGCUCCUACUGUGAUCAAUACAUCCCAAAAUGCGGAGGCUUUCGAAGCGCGUAGUAUUCUCGCGGGUGGCUUACAAAGUCUUCAAAGUUUGCAAGGAAUUCUCACGAAAGCCCAAUCGGAGAGUUCGCUGUACACAUCGAGUACGGCGACGUUGACGGAUCAACAGAGGUCCAAAUCCGUUGAACAAGUUUCUGGCUUAGCCCUGUGGACCAACGAGGUUAUCUACUGUAACAUCGAAAAAACGGAACGUGGUUUCGGUUUCUCUAUCCUGGACUACCAAGACCCACUGGACACCGAAGGUACAGUCAUCGUGGUGCGCGGUCUAAUUCCUGGCGGUUCAGCUGAGGCCACCAGUUUUAUCUUCCCCGGCGAUCGGCUUGUUUCGGUUAACGAGCACAGUCUUCAAGGGGCCACACUGGACCAGGCGGUGAGUAUACUGAAAGGAAUACCUUUGGGAACGGCCCGCAUAGGCCUUUGUCGGCCGCUGUCUACGUCGGAUAAUAAUCUAUCGUCUACGCCGGAAACACCCACCACCUAACUACAAAUAAUUGAUCUGUUUUUCGAGCUUGAUAUCUAACCAAUGGGAGCAAGACUCGGUACAUUGACUAAAAGCAGAUCAGUUAUGUUCGUUAUGCAGUUACUUUCCUAACAAUCAGUUGACAAAUAAUGAUAUUAUUAUAUUGGAUAGUUGAGUACAUAUAGCUGUAGCAGUAUAUAACGAUAAGUAAAAUUCGGUUAUUAAUUAGUCAUUGCCAUUAGUUUACGAAAAUUGUCUCAGUGAAUAAUGUUACGCUAAUUGUAACUGCACCAAACAAGCUGCAGAUGUCGUUUCUCUCAAAAGGGGAACCGAAUAUUCCGAAAGGCUGGAGUAUGGGGUAUGUGGAGAAGGAUUGCAGAAAACGUAGAUAAUUAAAUUUUUGCGCAUUGAAUAAACAGCAAACAAGAUCAAAUUAAAUGGGUUUUGGUGGCACACAACGCAGUCAUACUUUUAAUCAAGAUUGUUCGAAAUGGUAUUGAAAACUUUGCUGGUUAAUAAUAUAGUUGUCUGUAGAUAUUUAUUUCCUGCAAUGCAAAUAUUAUUCCUAAUAAACAAAUUUGAAAUCAAUCAAAAAAAAAGAUAAACAAAGGC